AUGCAGACCACCAGCAAGCACAUCGUCUUUGACAUUGUAGGCACCAUCGUUACCUACGAUUCCAUCCUUGACGCUCUGGAGACCAGACUCGGUGAUCGCCUGCGCGCUGAGGGCGUCAAACCCACAAUGCUAUGCUACAUGUGGUUCGAGAUCUCAGAGCGCGUAUAUACCUACCUAAGCAUCACUGGGCAGUACCACCGCUUCUUCGACGUCUUCUGCAGCAUAUUCUACCGUAUGCUGUGGAUCGGCGGUAUCAAAGAGCCUAGAUCCUUUGCCGCGGAUGAGGACCUGGCCUACAUCGUUGGCCACUUCAAAGAUCUCCCCUUGCGUGAGGGUGCUGCCGAGUGCCUGCAGUUGCUCCGCGAUGCAGGGUUCACUGUCUGGGGGUUCACCGCUGGGGACACAGAGCAGGUACGGGGAUAUUUCCUGAACAACGGUAUCGAUAUGCCGCUUGAGAACUUUGUCUCUUGCGAUGAUACGGGGGUCGGCAAGCCGGCCCUCGAUGCGUACAAACCUUUGCUGGACCAGCUGGGCAGCGAUGAGAAAUGGUUUGCAGCAGCGCACAUGUGGGACGCCUCGUCGGCGAAGAAGGCAGGAUACAAGGGUGCGUACUGCAAUAUCCUUGAGAAGGAAUCCUGUGCAGAUAUAUUCGGCACGAUGGAUGUCAUGGCUGACACUCUGCCAGAAAUGGCUCGGAAGAUCAUCCAGGCGUCAAAGGGCCAGGCAUGA